AUGAAGACACAUGGCAAUGGCCAAGAAUUGAGGUUGGCUCGGCUCUGGGCCUGCGCUCUGCUCAGCGGCGCCUCGCUGGGCUUCGGCUGCGGCUUCCGAAGCCGGGAGACGGAGCUCCGGGCCGCUCGGGUGGCCAGAGGGGCCCGGGCCUACAAUUUGCUGGAGACCAAAGAAGCCGAGCUGGAGCGGGCCGCGCUCACGCGCCCGGUCCAGCGGGAAGUUGCGGCGAGCGUCUUCAAUCCCCUGCUGGACGAGCUGAACGGCAUUCCCCGGCUGGACAAGGUCCGGCCCGAGCAUCUUGUGGGGGCCGUGGACAUUGUGCUGGAGCAGUUUCAGUCAGACGUGACGAGGAUCCAGGACAACCUCUACCAAAAGUCCCUGAAGCAACAGCGCCUCUCUUACGAGGAGGUGCUGGGGCCCUUGGAGGUGGCGCUGGACCGCUUGGAGAAGGUCUGGGGUGCCAUGACUCUGCUGAGGAGGGCUUGGCGGAUCUCUCCAAAGAUUGACGAGAUCUACCAUCUCACUUCCUACCGGAUGUCCACGGCAGCAUCCAUCCUGGCGCAGUCGGAUUUGUUGCAUGAGGCGCUGUGGCGCUUGAGCCAAGAGGACCUCAGUGAGCCGCAGCGGCGCGUGGUGCAGCGCCUCACACGUGAAGGAUAUCUCAUGGGCGUUGGCAUGGACGACGCGAAAGCGCUGAGAUCCUUGGAGGAAGGUGUGAAGCGACUCGGGCAGCUGGGCGCCAUCUUUGCGGAGAACCUGGCGUCAGAGGCGCCGGAUGCCUUGAAAAGCGAGGCGCUCGGAGCCUCCCAAGCGGAACAUCCCGAGAAGGCGUUCGUGGCGUCCAGGCUUGGCCUUGGCCGAGGCAACCUCGGCGUCAUCGCGGAGAUGCUGCAGCAUCGCCAGGCCUGGGCUGCGUCCCUGGGCUACGAGACCUUCGCCGACUUAGUCUUCGAGUCGCGCACCGCGUCCAAGGCCGAGGUGGAAGCCUUCCUUGGCGUGCUGCGGCAGGCGAGCGAGGAGGCAGCUGUGGCUGAGAUCAAGGACCUGGAGUUGGUGGGUGCUCACAUGCGGGACCUUCCUCGAACAGCGGAGGAGGAGCCGCAGCUGACGCUCCCCACCGCGCUGCGGGGCCUCUUCCGACUCCUGGAGCGCCUCUUUGGAGUCAAGAUGGAGCCGGCCACGGCGCGAAACGAGGUGCCGAUCUGGCACAGGAGUAUUCGCUUCUAUCGUGUCAUUGACAUCAAGACGCAGCACCCCAUUGCCGGGCUUUACCUCGAUUUGUUUCAGCACGGCAAGAAGCUGAGCUCGGGCUUCUGGGCCGUGCGGGGCCGAGGGGGCCGAGGCUUCUUUUUUCCCCAGCGAAGAGAAGCCGAGCCGGACAUCCAAAGGCGGCCCUUUAAGGUUCACCUCUACGUUUUCAUAUGGCAGCGCACUGUCGCUGAUUACAGCCCUACAGCCCCUGUGCUGAGAUCCAUAGGAGAGGGCAAGAAACAUGAAGAGCUGGAAGGCUCAGAGCUGGAGCGUUGCCAGAUCAAAGAAGCCGCAGACAUCAGCGCCUUUUCUGCGCCGAUUGAGGUGAUGCGGCGAGAUGUGUCUGGAGAAAGGCAGUCCCGUGUGGUAACGAGCCUCAGCACCCUGGCGGACGCCAAGACGCACAAGCUAGGGCCCGAUGAUGCCGACAUGGAGGAGGACCAUGCGGAGGAGGAAACCACGACUUUGCCGCCCGACGAAGAAGAAGGUGCAGCAGAGUCAUCCACUACGUCUGCGGGCGUGGAGGAAGAAACGGAGACGUCGACCGAGGAGGAGACGACUCUGGAAGACACGACCACAGAGGAGGAAGAAACGUCAACUUCCAAAGUCAGGACAACCACCACGAACAAGACCUCCAGUACAACUGAACCGAAGACCACGACUGGUAGCACGACCAAGUCAACGACUGAGGCUACCACAACUACCAGCCGCAAUACUACGGAGAAGGCGACAUCUAGCAGCACCACCAAGGCCACAACCACUGAGGCAACUAGCACAACCAAGUACUCAGACACAACGGAGUCGACAACGGAGACGACGACAAAGAAAACCACCACAACAACGAAGUCGACCACGACAAAGUCAACCACGAAGUCGACCACUACCAAGUCGACCACCACCAAGUCGACCACAACAACGAGGCCGACAACGACCACAAGGAGCCAUCGCCCAGCGAGCCCGAUCCUGCCUCCGGCUGCGCCGAGCCGUCGCCCAGUGAGCCCGAUCCUGCCUCCGGCUGCGCAGCCUAAGGCUUUCGUGCCUCCGGCAACGACCACGCAGAGCCCUGCAUACCUGGAGGCCCUUCAGCAAGGCGCCGCCGCCGCCGCGGCCGCGCGCUCCGCCGGGCUCCCGCCUGCGCUGCAGGCGGAGCGCGCCGGAGAGGCGGCGCUGGCCAGCGCCCAGGCCACGGGCGUGGCGGGCCUCGAGGCGGCCCGCGCGGCCGGGGAGGCGGCGGCGGGCGCCGCGCGCCUGGCCAGCCUCGGCGCCAUGGAGCAGGUGCGUGCGGCAGUGCUUGCGGCCGAAAGCGCGGCUCAGAAGGUGGGCCUGUCGCCGCAGAUCGAGGCCACGGCGGCCGCCCAGGCGGCGCUGCGCGCCGCCAAGGCGGCGGGGCUCACCCGCGAGGAGCAGGCGGAGGUCUCCGGGCGCGUGGUGGCGGCGGUGCGGAAGAGUUUGCGGGACGGCCUCGCGGCGAAGAUCCAGGAGAUCCACCAGCAAACCACCACGGCCAUGCCCAUGCCAGCAAAGAUGUCCGACGCGGAGGCGCUCACCUCUGCCGUGGCGGCGGCCCGCGCGGCCGCGCAAGCGGCGCAGGCGGCGGACGCCGCGGCACAGGACGCGGUGGUGGCGGCGGCCGCGGGCCCCGGCGAGAACCGGAGCUUCCCUUUUGGAACGCCUGGGUCACCAGGCUUUCCGAGCGCACCGGGAAUGCCGGGUGUGCCGGGCGCACCGGGAAUGCCAAGUGCACCGGGUGUGCCGGGAGCACCGGGUGUGCCGGGAGCACCGGGUGUGCCGGGGGUGCCGGGCGUGCCGGCCAGUCCCGGUAGUGCAGGUGCAGGCGAUGAGGUCUCGUCCGCGCUUAAGAAGCUGGCGGACACCGUGUCAGAGACCUCGGCCAAGAUCGAUGCCUCGAACACCAGGCUGGCAAGAGUGGAGGAUAUCGAACGAGAUCUCUCCUUCGAGCUGGGUGCCGUCAGUCAUAGCCUGGAGGACCUCAACAGGAGCAUGGCGCUGCCGAACCACUCCGCGUUCAACGCGCCGGGCGCGGCCGCGCCCGGGGCUGCGGGGGGCGUCGCCGGCAGCACCACGUCCGCGCCGGGGCCCGGGGCCACGACGGCCGCGGCCGCGGCAGACGCGGCCACGCCCCCGCCCUUCGCGCCGAAUCCGGAGGUUCCGCAGGGGCCCAUGACCCAGGUGAAGAUUCCGGCAUACAUGAACGCCUCGGAGUCCCCGAAGUACUGGACGCAGUCCGGGGACGUGGCGCCCAGCCGGGUGAUGCAGAAGCCAGUCCACCCGCACAACAACCAGGAGGUAGUGAUCACAGCAGCGGAUGUGGCGACAAUGACCCCGGAGCAGGUGGCCACCAUGCUCACGCGCGACCGCGAGCUGCUCGCAGCUGUCACCUCGAAGCUGGUGAGCGGCAAGCGCCUGGCGGACUACGUCUUCGACACCGACACGGCGAAGCUGCCGAAGACGGGGCCCACGGACCAGGCGCUGGACGCCAUCCUGGAGAACCCCACGGUGGCCAAGAAGGCGCUGAAGCUGACCCUCACGGCGCUGGGCAAAGGCAUGAAGACGCUGUCCUCCGGCAAAGAGCUGGCAGAUGAUCUCUUUGGCGCUGACACUUCCCACCUGAUUUCGGAGGAGGUGCCAAAAGAGAGCGAGGAGUUCCCUUGGAACAUGUUCGGCAGGGAGGAGAAGGAGAAGGUGAUGAGCGACUUGCCCAAGACGCCUCAGGGCCCGCCGCCUGGCGUGCAGGGCGUGGGCGGCGGCCUGGGCGGCCUCGGCGGCGUGGCGGCGCCGAGCGAGGCGACGACCACCACCACGACGACGCAGAAGAAAGUGCAGAUGCUGGGCAUCGACAUGCCGGACAAGGUGCGGAUGCUGGGCCCCGCGGACAUCCCCGGGGUGAACCAGAUCCCGCUGGUGCGGGACAUCCGCAUGCCGGACCUGCCCAACCCCUUGGGCUGGCUGCGGAAGGCAAGGGGAGCUGUUGGCGUUUGCAAGUUCGACAGCUGCCACGGGGAAACCCAGGCGCGGUACCAGAAAGGUGCCGGAAAGGACUCGCUCGUGGGGCAUUCCCGGGUCCUUGGCAAGAACAACGUGGCAAGGCGACCAGUAGCGCAUAUUGUGGGCGACCUACCACCCAAAGACACGCUCCUGUCCCUGGAGCAGGUGCGGUCGCUCUUCGCCGCUGCGGGUACGGCCAUGCAGCACCUUUUGAACCUCCAGGAUGGCCUGGCGGGCCCUGCGGCCCUGGAGCUGGACGCCUCGGCGGCGCCGGAGCUCAUGGCGCUUUGGGCCUCGGAUCCGGAGACCUGGCGAGAGAGUGAGGCUUCUGCGGCGUUAGCGGCGACUCCCAAGUUGCGUGCCCUGGAACUCUUCCAGCGCGUGUCAUGGGCCCAGCUGGACUUGGACCUGCACUCCCAGAAGGAGGCUCCGUCCGAGCAGAUGCUGCUCGAGCUGGCGAGGCGGCGCCUCUCCAGCGAGCAGCUCGCGGCGGUGCUGCCGGACUUCAACGAAGACGUCGAGGGAGGCCUCGGCAGCUUUCGUGGCCCCUUCUCCAGCGGCUUCGCGCUGGGGGAAUACGUGCCGCUCUGGAAGGAGGUCUUGGCCGCGGACCUCUUCGAAGCCUUCCAGGGCAUGGACGCCUCGGAGGGCCAGCGCUUCCGGGAGGCCCUGCUGGCGCCGGGCGCGGGCCGGGCGCCGCUGAGCGCCUUCCGGGACUUCCGGCGGAGGGGCCCAAAGGCGCGAGGGCUCGAGGCGGUGCGCACGUCUCGAGCUUCGAGGCGGCGCAAGGGCUGCGACGGCGAGGCGCGCUGCCUCGGGCGCCGCGAAGCCCAGGCGCACCGCGGGAAAGCCGUGCGGCCGUACUGCCAGGUGGGCCCGUCCUAUCCCGCCUCCUACAAUCAAUAUUGGCCUCCCGGACUUCCCGAGCUCUAUGAGUCUGGCUCCGCUAAGACGGAGUACGUGAAGCCAAGGAGGGGAGCGGAGCCCGGGUAUUACUCGUACCUGGACUCCAUGUACUCACCGCCAGUGGAGCUGGAAGGGCCACUGGCACCUGUGAUGCCCGAUUAUCCGGACGACUGGAGGGUGAACAGCCACAAGCUCUUUGAGGGCUUUGACGAGGAGGAGCAUGAGGCUGCUCCCGCGACGAAGGACUGGUCAGACCGUGGUAAGUACGGGCCAGUUAGCUCUCGGAGCACCAGCGACACGGAUGGCCAGGGGAGCAAAUACCCGUCCAAGGGCUCGGCGAAGCACCGCCUCGGCGUGUGCAAGCCCUGCGCCUUCGUGUUCAAGACCGGCUGCAACAACGGCUUCGACUGCGAGUUUUGUCACCUCUGCGAUCCUGGUGAGAAGAAACGCCGGAAGAAGGCGCAGCCGUUGCGGGGGAUUCGACCGUCCACGCGCGAGAGCAAACCGGCGCGACGGAGUGGCGCCGUUCCGUUCGCUUGCUGCAUGCAACUCAUUCCCCAGACGGAGGGAGUCAAGCCCCGCGAGCAGUGCACGAGCAGAGCGGCGCCCCGCUCGUGGCCCCCGUUUUUGCUGUCCCGGCUGAAAAGCGGCGCGAGAUGCUCCGGCCGCAAGCCCAGGCCGCUGCAGCUUCGGCUAGCGAGGCAAUUGAGGCCGCCGAUCUGGCGGCCCUCGGUCGGGCGUCGGCCGUUCUGCGUGCACGUCCAUGCGGAGGACAAGCAAUCCAACGUUGACGAGCUGAAGGCGGCGGCGCGGCGGCUCCUGGAGGAGCCGGCGGUGGCGCAGCGGGUGGCCUGCACCCCGGCGGCGCGGGCGCUGCUGAAGCAGAUGGAGUGUGCGAGCGAAGAGCCGAGGGAGGCACCCAUGCCAACCAUGCGGCAACUGGAGUUGUACUUCAUGCACAACUUCAUCCCUUUUAUCGGCUUCGGCUUCUGCGACAACUUCAUCAUGAUCCUGGCGGGUGACUACAUCGACGCCAGGCUAGGGGUGACUCUGGGCCUCAGCACCAUGGCCGCGGCUGCAUGGGGCAACACCUUUAGUGACGUGAUUGGACUUUGGAUCUCCGGCUUCAUCGAGACCUUCGUUGGAAAGACCGGGCUCCCGAGCCACAAGCUCACCAGCGGCCAGAUGGAGCUCCUGCAAGUGCGGGUCGUGAAGAACACCUCCAUGAUUGCAGGCAUCUUGGUGGGCUGCAUCAUGGGCAUGCUGCCACUGGUCUACCCUGAGGAGUACCGGGUUUGGCCAUCUCGCCAUGACCUCGAGGUGGCUGCGGGCGCUCACGACCUCUCGAGCGACACGAGCGCGUGA